UCCGGUUGUGCGCGCGCGGGUAAUACGACGUUCCGUAUAGUCUGCCCCAACCUGUGUUACCUGUGCUUGGUGUUUGGUGUUUGUGUGCGUAUUUCCACAUAUUUUUGUGUAGUUGUACAUACGAAGUAACGAAAAUCACAAUCCAAAUGGUAUGCAAAUGCGUUGCCAACGUUACGCACGCGUAGAAAUACAAAAUUCAAGUGCUAACUUGUAUUCGUAUAAAAAAGCCGCAAAGUGAUUUAUAUCAGGUUGAAGCGCGCGCCAAGUGAAAGUGCAACAAAUACAAAUACACCAAAACUACAACACAGCUUAAAUAAAACGUAUUAGUUAUUAAAAAAGUAAACAGCCAAAUAAUUAACUACCUGUUCUACACAUUCAAGUUUGUCGGACGCAGCAGCAACAGCAGCAGAAACAGGAGAUCAAAAAGAGGCUUUAAACACCUUUGGCAGAAUGGCGCCCAUGCCACGCAUUCAAUUGGCCAACAACAAUGCGGCCAUAAAAGCCACAACCAACAAUUUUCUGUAUGCCGAAACAAUUUCCGGCGACAGCAGCCCAACACCCAGCAGUCCGCCUUCGAGCACAGCGGGCGUUGCUAAAUCGCAGUGCUCCUCCCUGUCGGAUGGCGAAUCCUUUGAGGGUUAUGGCGAGAACGAGUAUAGUGUUCAGUUGCGAGCCACGAGCAGCAACGUCAACGGCAACAGCAGCAACAACAACAGCAAUAACAGCGUCAACAACACUCACCAUCAUAGCAUGAACAACGGCUCUAUACAUGAGCACAGUGGACACUCAAAUGACGGCAAUAACAAUCUGGAUGAGACGCCUGGCAUUGAACUCGAUCUGGCGCCUCAUGUUGUCUCAUCCUCACCCAAGGAUGACGAGGAGCUCAACAUUAUGCCCCGCGACAAUUGGGCCAGACGCAGUCUGAGACGCACGCCUACAAGCAAUCCUGAUAGUUUGCCCCAGCGUCGUUGGGGCUCCAUGAGAAAUUCCGGCCGCAGGCAAAUAAGUUCCAAUGCCUUAGCCAGCCAACUCUACAGAUCAUCGAGCUUCAACUCUUCCGGCCGUAGCUCUAACUGUGAUACAACUGAGGAUAUGUACAGCGAUAUAAGCUUGGAGAAUCGUCAUGAUUACGAUUAUAGGCUGGAGCUGCUGCAGCGCAAGGUGGACGAUCUGUCAGAUACGCAAAAUAUAGCCGAGGAUCGGACGACGCGCACAAAGACUGAAUAUGCGGUGCUCCAGGCGCGCUAUCACAUGCUCGAGGAGCAGUACAGAGAGUCGGAGCUACGCGCCGAGGAACGUCUGGCCGAGGAGCAAAAGCGUCAUCGCGAAAUUUUGGCCCGUGUGGAACGCGAAGCCUCGCUGCAGAAUGAGAACUGCCAGAUAAAGAUCAAAGCCACCGAGAUCGAGGCGAAUGCACUGCGCGAUGAGGCACAACGUUUGCGUGUCUUGUGCGAUAAACAGGCCAACGAUUUGCAUCGCACCGAGGAGCAGCUGGAGCUGGCACGCGAUCAAAUUGCUGCGUUGCAACAGGAAUACGAUGAGCAAUUGCAAACGGUGCGCCGUCACGAGCAGGAAAAGAAGUCCACCGAGGAGCUAAUGCUCGAGCUGAGUCGCGAGCUGCAGCGCGUCCGCGAGGAGAACGGGGCACGUGCCAUGCCCACAACAUCCCCCGAGAGCAUAAGACUGGAGGAGCUGCAUCAAGAGCUCGAGGAGAUGCGUCAAAAGAAUCGCUCACUCGAGGAGCAGAACGAGGAGCUGCAGGCCACCAUGCUGACGAAUCAGGCUACCAUGCUGACAAAUAGCGUAGAGCAGGGUCGACAUCUGUUGAAUGGCACGCUCAACAAUUUGGCUCAGGAGCUGGAGGAGAUGUCCCAAGCUCAGGAUUCUGUGGAUUCAGCCACAUUAGCAUCCUUAAGUCAGCUGCAACAGGCCUUCCAGGAAAAGGAAGAUGAAAAUGUGCGACUUAAGCACUACAUCGAUACGAUCCUACUCAACAUCGUGGAGAACUAUCCCCAGCUGCUCGAAGUCAAACCAAUAGAGCGCAAAUAGAGCCGCAACUGUAUGAAAUGAAGCAGGAUGUAAGCCGUAUGCUGCUCUGGACCACCUAACCUUUACUCAAAAAGAAAGAAAAAACACUUAUUAACUAAUUUAACAUACGUUUUAAGCAAUCCCCAUAUAUUUAUGUAUACAGUUAAGUCAUAAUUUAUUUUAUAACAAUUUAUGGUAGUUUUUAAACCGAACAACACAAGUGAACAGAACUACAGAUCUAUGUGAAAUUAGUUAAUGCACAUUUUGUUAAUCAUAUAUAUAUAUUUCUUGUGUCUAUCUUUAAAUUAAUCGUUAUUGUGUAUAAAAGGAAAUUCAUGUUUGUAAAAUAGCAAAGAAAAUUGUAAUUGUGAAGCAAAAAGGAAACACGUUUAACCCAGCAAAUUGUUUAUAGUUUUUGUAGUGUUGUUGAGCCCCGAAGAUAUUAACUAUAUAAAUUACUAGAUCGUAAGAUUAUACACCUUUUAACCAAGAAUAUUUAUGAAUAUAUACGAGAAAUGAUAACUACAAUGUAUAUGAUGUGUAUAUGAGUUUGUAGGCCCAGACAACGGAUUCGUGUGCUGAGUACCGUUUAAAUGUUUUAUAUACAAACUAUAAUAUAUUAUUUAAAAUUUGUUAAAUAUAGUUUUAGUAAUGGGCAGCGCUUGGGAUACAUGUUACUAUCAACCUUUAUAAUAUAUUAUAUAUGAGGUUCUACGCUACCCUCUAUUAUAUUUUGUUUCGUCAACUUUCACUGAACUUUGCCAAAUUUCUGAUUGUUUUUAUUAGUGACUAUAAAAUUCUCUCUUAUCUCAUAUCUUUUAUUUCCAAUUUCCAAGCGCCUUUCGCUGCCCAUAUAUACUAAUUCAAAUCAAUGAAUAAACCUAUCAAAAAUUUGCGUUUAUGGUAUGGACAAUCCCCAGGAUAUGUAGUCGGAGUUUUUAGUUAGACUUGAGCUAAGAACGAUGAGAGAGAGCAGAGCAAUUAUUUAAGAAAGCAAAAACAAAAUACAUUUUAAUUGUAAAACUAAAAAUAUAUAUUAUCAAACUACGUACUACCUAUACAUAUGUAUUUGUAAACUUAACAGAUGGACGUAAUGUGCAAAGUUUCGGGUAACGCAAUGCAGUUUGAUUCAUAACUGUGGACGAGCCCUAAUAGAUUAAACUUAAACUCAACGAAAAAUUUAAAACAUAACUCAAAGUGGUCAACUCUUUAAUGUUUGUAUAACAACUAUCUAUGUAUGUAUAUCGAAGCUAAAUUCAACGAUUUGCUAAUCAUAAUAUUUGAUGCCUUAAAUGAUUUUUAAAAAAUAAAUUGUAUAAUAUAGAAGGAUAGUGCGGAGUUCUAAGCUUGUAGAUAACACUAACAAAAAGUCCAUUAUGCUU